AUGAGCCGCGACAUCGGUGAUAUGGUUCGCGAUUGUCAGGAAUGUGCUAAACACCGGAAAGCUCAAGCCGAGCCAAUUAUUUCUACUCCUACGCCAGAAAUGCCUUGGCAAAAACUCGGUUCAGACUUGCUUCUCUGGUGCGGAAAGGAAUAUGUACUUGUGGUGGACUAUUUCUCUCGAUACAUAGAAAUUGCACGAUUGGAGAACAAUACUACCUCUCAGACUGUUGUGAAUCUUUCGAAGUCAAUUUUUGCCCGACACAGGGUACCACAGCAGCUGAUAUCCGAUAAUUGGCCACAGUACAUUUCGGAGACAUUUCUUAAGUAUUCCAAUGAGUACGGCUUCCAACAUAUUACCAGCAGUCCCAGAUAA